AUGUCGGAAUCGGAUACUAACAUUGACAUUGUGGCGAUUGAAGUCAGCAAGAAAGGAGCCUACUAUUUCUUUUGUAAAGUGUGUGCCAGUGAUUAUUUGGCAGGAAUUUCAGCAAUUCGUACACACGAGAAUUCCAACAAACACAAAAGUAAUUGCAAAUUAAUGAAAUCCCAAGUUUCUGUUUUGCAAAUGCCAGCUGUAUCAUUGUUUAAAACCAAAGAAAAGCAGCUUAAAACUUUUCAAUUAAGAUUGGCAUCGUUUGUCGUCGAGCACAACAUAUCUUUUAAUGCAGUUGACCAUUUGAUAAAUAUUGUGCGUAACCUUCCUUCCGAUUCAGACUUCUUAAAAGAUAUGUCGUGCAACCGCACGAAGUGCAUUGCUUUAGUUAAGAAUGUACUUGGCAAAGAAAGCCUCCAAAAUCAGGUAAUAAUGAUGAAAGAAAAACAUUUUUCAAUCAUUAUCGAUGAAUCAACUAAUGUUGCUUUAAUCAAGAGUUUGGCGAUCUGUGUAAGGUAUGUUAUUAAUUGUCGACCUAAGGAUUAUUUUUUGCAUUUGUUGCCUGUUCCUGAAGCGAAUGCAACUACCUUACACAGCACAUUGAUCGCAUUUUUCCACGAACAUGAGAUAGAUUAUAAAUCAAAAAUGGUUGGUUUUGCUGCUGAUGGAGCAAGCGUAAUGAUGGGCCAACAUCAUUUAGUACAAGCUUUACUGAAGAUAUUCCCGAUUUGAGGGUUUUCAAAUGUAUUUGCCACUCUUUAGCUUUAUGUGCUUCACAAGCCUGCACAAAAUUGCCAAGAACACCUGAAACACUGUUGCGCGAAAUUUAUUCGUACUUUAAGUACAGUUAUAAAAAAAUCAGCCAGUUUAAAGAAUUUCAGGAAUUUGUAGAAGCACGCCCUCACAAAA